GCUCUUUUUCACACCCAACAUUCAUUCCAUUAUUCUAAUUUCUGAGCACAAUGUUCCCAAGUUUCCAUGUUCCGAUGUCCCCCCACCACACACACACACACACUAGCUUCACUCUCAAGCCGACUCUACUCACUCUAGUGGACCGCUUUAACUCUUCAUAAUUCCAUUUCAUUGCACAUUCGCGCCCUUCUCAGUUCUCUCAAUCAAAUCAAUGGCAACAAACGCAAACUGCGAAAUGCCCCUCACACACCACCCUCAUUGGUUCUCUCCAAAAUCCGGAAUUUACCACAGCAAACACGCCCCCGUGGACCUUCCCAACGACCCUUUUCUCGACCUUGUUUCCUUCAUUUUUUCCCACCGCCACAAUGGGGUUUCGGCCCUCGUUGAUUCUUCAUCUGGGUGUUCCAUUUCCUACCCAAAGUUGCUACCUUUGGUAAAAUCCGUUGCUUCUGGUCUUCACAGAAUGGGUGUUUCACAAGGUGACGUGGUUCUGCUUCUUCUCCCUAAUUCCAUUUACUAUCCCAUUGUGUUCUUGGCUGUUCUCUAUAUAGGUGCUAUUGUUACACCCUUGAAUCCUCUUAGUAGUGUCUAUGAAAUACGCAGGCAGGUUAGUGAGUGUGGUGUGAGUCUGGCUUUCACUGUGCCUGAAAAUGAGAAGAAACUUGAGCCAUUGGGAAUUUCUGUUAUUGCUGUGCCAGAAAAUGAGAAGGGUUUGAAGGAUGGUUGUUUUUCAUGCUUUUGUGAUUUGAUUUCUUGUGACUUUGAUUUGCCUAAGAGACCUGUUAUUAAGCAGGAUGACACUGCUGGGAUACUGUAUUCUUCAGGGACUACUGGUGUGAGCAAAGGGGUUGUUCUGUCCCACAAGAAUCUUGUUGCUAUGGUUGAGCUUUUUGUGAGGUUUGAAGCUUCUCAAUAUGAAGGCUCUUGCUUGAGGAAUGUGUAUCUGGCUGUUUUGCCGAUGUUUCAUGUGUAUGGUUUGUCGCUGUUUGCUGUGGGAUUGCUGUCUUUGGGUUCUACUGUUGUUGUGAUGAGGAAAUUUGACAUUGAUGAGGUUGUCAGGGUAAUUGAUGAAUAUAAAGUUACACACUUUCCUGUUGUUCCGCCGAUGUUGACAGCAUUGAUAAAGAGGGCAAAGGGUGUCAAUGGCGGUGAGUUUCAGAGUUUGGUACAAGUCUCCAGCGGUGCAGCACCUUUGAGCAUGGGAGUUAUUAAUGAGUUCAUCCGAGCUUUCCCUAAUGUUGAUUUUAUACAGGGUUAUGGAAUGACUGAGUCAACUGCAGUAGGAACACGUGGAUUCAAUACUGAAAAGUUUCGCAAUUAUUCUUCAAUAGGGUUAUUGGCUCCAAACAUGGAGGCAAAAGUGGUAGACUGGAAUACUGGUGCAUUUUUGCCCCCAGGCAGCAGUGGUGAGCUUCGGUUGAGAGGGCCUUCAAUUAUGACGGGAUACUUGAAUAAUGAGGAAGUUACAAUGUCAACAAUUGAUAAAGAUGGUUGGUUACAUACUGGAGAUGUUGUUUAUUUUGAUCAUGAUGGGUAUUUACACAUAUCUGACCGCUUGAAAGAUAUCAUCAAAUACAAAGGCUUUCAGAUUGCUCCUGCCGAUUUAGAAGCUGUGUUAAUUUUGCAUCCUGAAAUAGUUGAUGUUGCUGUUACACGUGCAAUGGAUGAAGAAACUGGGGAGAUCCCAGUGGCAUUUGUGGUCAGAAAGGUUGGAAGUGUGCUGUCUCCAAAGCAUAUUAUGGAUUUUGUUGCUGAGCAGGUUGCUCCAUAUAAGAAGGUUAGGAAAGUGUUCUUCACUGACAAGAUACCAAGGUCUGCCACUGGGAAGAUCCUACGAAAGCAGCUGAGGAAUUACUUGACUUCUAAUCUAUAGUGCAUUUUUUAGGACUCACCUCAAGUGUUACAUAUUGAAAAUUUACCAGGACAUUUUGGAAAGUGGAUUAUCUUAAGUCAAUUUGUUGAGUGAAUGUAUUCAUAGAUGCUUUAUGAGGGCUACUAAAGGAUUGGAGAACACUAAAUCAUGAUAUCACAUCCCCAGAAAUUUCUGCCCUGCCCUACAUAUUUCCUAAUAAAAUAAUACUCAUGCCUUUUUUUUUUCUUCUA